UGAACCGCCCGUCCUCUCGUUUCGAAUUCUUACGCGCGCUCUUCGUCGCUUUCCCGAUUCCAUCCAUGGGGUUGCCGAAGUGGGAGGGGGUCGUGGAGGGCGUUUCCCCGGUCGCCGCGCGGCGUCACUCCCAGCAUGCAGCGCGGUCCGCCCCUGCCACUGUCGCCGCUCCUGUUCCUGCAGCCGCUGCCGCCGCCGCUCCGCCUGCUGCCGUCACUUUCGCAGCUGUUGCCGCCGGCGCCCCGGGGCUGGAAGACAUGGCGGAGGGAGGCGCGGCGGAUCUGGAGACCCAGCGCUCGGAUAUCGCGGCGCUCCUCAAAACGGCUCUCCGCAAGGGCGACACCUGGUAUUUAGUGGAUAGUCGUUGGUUCAAACAGUGGAAAAAAUACGUUGGAUUUGACAGCUGGGACAAGUAUCAGAUGGGAGAUCAAAAUGUUUAUCCUGGUCCUAUUGAUAAUUGUGGACUUCUCAAAGACGGGGACUGCCAGUCUCUUAAAGAGCAUCUUAUUGAUGAGCUGGACUACAUUCUUUUACCAACUGAAGGAUGGAACAAACUAGUUAGCUGGUAUACUCUGCUGGAAGGUCAAGAACCUAUUGCACGCAAGGUAGUUGAACAGGGUAUGUUUGUCAAGCACUGCAAGGUAGAAGUUUAUUUGACAGAACUGAAAUUAUGUGAAAAUGGAAAUAUGAACAAUGUAGUGACACGAAGAUUUAGUAAAGCCGAUACGAUAGACACAAUUGAAAAAGAGAUAAGGAAAACCUUCAGUAUUCCAGAUGAAAAAGAAACAAGGUUGUGGAACAAAUAUAUGAGUAACACCUUUGAACCUUUGAAUAAACCAGACAGUACCAUACAGGAUGCUGGCUUGUACCAGGGACAGGUAUUAGUGAUAGAACAAAAAAAUGAAGAUGGAACAUGGCCAAGAGGUCCUUCAGCUCCAAAGUCCCCAGGUGCAUCCAAUUUUCCAACUUUACCAAAGAUCUCUCCAUCUCUAUCAAAUAAUUAUAACAACUUCAACAACAGAAACAUGAAAAAUUCAAACUACUGCCUUCCCUCAUACACUGCUUAUAAAAAUUAUGACUACUCAGAGCCAGGAAGACACAAUGAACAGCCCGGUCUUUGUGGUCUAAGUAAUUUGGGAAAUACAUGUUUCAUGAAUUCAGCAAUUCAAUGUCUCAGCAAUACACCUCCACUCACAGAAUAUUUCCUUAAUGAUAAAUAUCAAGAGGAGCUAAACUAUGACAAUCCAUUAGGAAUGAGAGGUGAAAUUGCAAAAUCUUAUGCAGAGCUCAUCAAGCAGAUGUGGUCAGGAAAAUAUAGCUAUGUCACUCCAAGAGCGUUUAAGACACAGGUAGGACGAUUUGCACCCCAGUUUUCAGGAUAUCAGCAACAAGACUGCCAAGAAUUGUUGGCAUUUCUUCUAGAUGGUCUGCAUGAGGAUUUGAAUCGUAUUAGAAAAAAGCCUUAUAUUCAGUUAAAAGAUGCUGAUGGAAGACCAGAUAAGGUGGUUGCGGAAGAAGCUUGGGAGAACCAUUUGAAAAGAAAUGAUUCCAUCAUUGUAGAUAUAUUUCAUGGACUUUUUAAAUCAACCUUAGUUUGUCCAGAAUGUGCCAAGAUCUCUGUAACAUUUGAUCCCUUUUGUUACCUAACUCUCCCACUACCUAUGAAAAAAGAACGCAGUUUGGAAGUUUAUUUAGUUAGAAUGGAUCCCCUUGCCAAACCCAUGCAGUACAAAGUAGUAGUACCAAAAAUUGGGAAUAUACAGGAUCUGUGCAUCGCAUUAUCAACUUUGUCAGGUGUUGCUGCAGAUAAGAUGAUCGUUACUGAUAUAUAUAAUCAUAGGUUUCAUAGAAUAUUUGCAAUGGAUGAAAAUCUAACCAGUAUUAUGGAACGUGAUGACAUUUAUGUAUUUGAAAUUGCCAUCAAUAGAACUGAAGAUACAGAGCAAGUUGUAAUUCCAGUUUGUUUAAGGGAAAAGUUUCGUCAUAGUGGUUACAGCCAUCAUAGUGGUUCAACACAUUUUGGACAACCUUUCCUUAUAGCAGUGCCUAGAAAUAACACUGAAGAUAAACUGUAUAACCUUCUGCUAUUGAGAAUGUGUCGAUAUGUGAAAACCUCUGCUGAAACAGAAGACACUGAAGCAUCUCUCCAGUGCUGCAAGGACAAUAGUAUCAAUGGUAAUGGCCCAAACGGAAUUCAUGAGGAAGGAUCUCCAAGUGAGAUGGAAACUGAUGAACAAGACGAUGAAUCCAGCCAAGAUCAGGAACUGCCUUCUGAAAAUGAAAACAGUCAGUCAGAAGAUUCUGUUGGAGGUGAUAAUGAUUCUGAAAAUGGAUUAUGCACAGAGGAUUCCUGCAAGGAUCAACUUAUAGGGCACAAAAAACGAUUGUUCACAUUCCAGUUCAACAGCUUAGGCAAUGCAGACAUCAAUUAUGUCAAAGAUGAUACCAGGCAUAUACGAUUUGAUGACAGGCAACUUAGACUAGAUGAAAGAUCUUUCUUAGCUUUGGAUUGGGACCCUGAAUUCAAGAAGAGAUACUUUGAUGAAAAUGCUGCUGAGGAUUUUGAAAAACAUGAAAGUGUGGAAUAUAGACCUCCAAAAAAGCCAUUUGUGAAAUUAAAAGAUUGCAUUGAGUUAUUUACAACUAAGGAAAAGUUGGGUGCUGAAGAUCCAUGGUAUUGCCCAAACUGUAAAGAACACCAGCAAGCUACCAAAAAACUAGAUUUGUGGUCACUACCACCCGUAUUGGUGGUACAUCUAAAACGCUUUUCUUACAGCAGAUACAUGAGAGAUAAAUUGGAUACAUUGGUUGACUUCCCAAUAAAUGAUUUGGAUAUGUCUGAAUUCCUUAUUAAUCCAAAUGCUGGGCCUUGUCGCUAUAAUUUGAUUGCAGUGUCAAAUCACUAUGGAGGCAUGGGAGGAGGGCAUUAUACCGCUUUUGCAAAAAAUAAAGAUGAUGGGAAAUGGUACUACUUUGAUGACAGUAGUGUGUCGACUGCAUCUGAGGAACAAAUUGUGGCAAGUAUCUUGGUUUUCAGAAACCAGAUAGCCUUAUUGCACAGGAGCAAGAUCCAACACUGACUUGCAUACAUAAUCUAUUAAAAGUAAUAUUUACUGUGCUAUAUAACACAUAGUAAUAAUGUAAAACAUUAUGCAUUGUAUUGUGGUUCACACAGCAAACCUGGAAAUCUAAACCCAAAGCACCCUUAAUAAAUGCUGUAAGUGAAUCUUGACGAUUUCAGCCAGAAAACCAGAAUAUUCUUGCUUUUAUCCUGUGCACAUCACUGAAAGUACUCUGGGGCCUUAAUUGAUAAUUUUUUUCCAUCCAAUAUCAUUGUGUGGACUUAGGAGGUAUUCCAGAAAGCAAUGCAGCAUACAGAUUCCAACUCUUAGGCUAGUGGAUAGACGGUUUUAGAUAGGUGAAAUGUUAGCAAUAAAUUUGUAAACUGACCUUGAAUGGUUCAGUUCAUUCCUGGAAGUGAGGUCCCAGAAUAACAGUAGAUAUGAGAAUAAUUAUUUUUCUGUUAUUGAUGGGAAGGAGCGAUAACACUGCAGGUAAGGUAUUCCAAAAUGUUCUGCCUUUUAGGUGCUUCUCUGGCAGGUCCACCAUACCUAGCCUUUUGUUAAAACAAAUCUGUAAAAAUCAUCCUUUGCUAUAACUUGAUGUUCCCCAAGUAUUAUUUUGAAAAUUUAUUGGCAAUGGUAGGAGAAAAGAAGAUAGUUUUUCCAUUGCUUUUAGCUUGUGCCCAAAUAAGAUUCUUUUGUCUCCUCCUUCCUUCAGUGAACAAUAUACUGUAUAGUGCUAGUGUAUUUAAGAUUAUUGUUGAAGAGGAUCUCAUCUAGAUUCAUUGCUUCAAGUUAGUUUAAUAAUUUCAUCUCCCUGCCCUGCUUAAGUGUUGAAGUUCUGUGGGAUCAAAUUGUGAUUGAUUUGGUAGAAUAUUUAUUUAAGAUAAAGAAAAUAAGAGUGGAACAGAAUUGCUUUGUACACUGAUUAAAUUCACUGGCAGUCAUAUAAAAAUUGCCCAAAUAUUGGUAUGAGCAGAAAUAAGUGCAAUCUUUAUAAGGACUGCUGUUUGUUUUAACAGAAAAUGUUAAACUCAGGUAGCUGAACAGACAAGUAAACCUCAUCUUAAUCCUUUCUUCCUGAUGUACUUCCCCAUAAAUGUCUUUAUUCCUCUCUCCCAUGGUCAGUUUUCAUUUAUCCCUUGUGAAGGGGUACCUCUGCAUGUAAAUCUGCAUGCAAACAUCUGACCAUUACUAAAGCCCAAUAAAUUAAUUGCAGUAUCAUUAUAAUAACUAUUUGUGUCAAAGGCAGUAUCUAGUUAUUUCUGUAUGAAAAUAAUAGAAUGAAUUGUGUUUUGCCCUUUAUUUGAAUAAAGUAUUUUACUACAAUAAAAUUGAAGCUUUGAAGUAAUUAAAAUGGAGAGUUUGACUUUGGUAAUUAAUAUUUUUUAUUUUUAUUUUGCAGUCCAAAGCAGCCUACGUGCUCUUCUAUCAGAGACAGGACACAAUCAGUGGAACUGGUUUUUUCCCUCUUGAUCGGGAAACCAAACAAGGUGCUUCUGCUGCUACAGGCAUUCCAUUAGAGAGUGAUGAAGACAGUAAUGAAAAUGACAAUGAUAUAGAGAAUGAAAAUUGUAUGCACACUAAUUAAUCGAAGAACUAGAAGCCAUACAGAGAAGAACUUCCUGAUGGGAGCUCUCUAUUAAAAAGUUGAAAUUAUCCACCAAAUUAAAAUAAAAUCUGAGAUGGGAAAUUUCAGAUGACAGAAUGUAAAUCCUUGUUACAUUUUAACUUGUGCAGUACCUGAAGUGAAACACAAUGAAAACAUUAUCAGAAUUUGUCUCUAAUAUCUUUGCAAUCUUGUAUUCACAAGCUAUAUAGGAAAUCACAAAUAAACCCCUUUACAAUUUCUGCUGCAAUCUGGAUGAAUUACAGUUUCUUUGUUUUGGAUGCAAGUUAAUAUUGACAAUUUGUGGAUUUAUUUUUUGUCUCGAUGAAUACCCCAAGAAUAUUACUGCAGAGCCCCUAUUUUUCAAUGGGUAUGUCCUUAGACCCGUAACAAAAAAAUUGACUAGUAUGUUCAACUCAAUGCAGCAGUAUUCUUGGAAUGUCAGAUUUUCAAGUGUCUCCCUCAGAUGUUGAUUAAAAAGAAACUUAAUCAUGAUAAAAUGACUUGGAAAAGGUGUUUUAACCUUUUGUGGUAAAAGUAAUCUUCCAGAAUAUUAUGUUCAUCUUACUGCUGCUGUGGAACAGGUUCUGGAUUUCAUGCUGCAUUAAGGAAUUGAAUUUUUCAAUUAAAUGUAAGUAUCCCUCAUUGCUUGUUGGAUCUACUUUGUAAACAUAACUCCUGUUACCUUGUUUAUAAGAUGUGCGUAACUUUAAUCUGGUGUCAGUCCAAAAAUUUUAAUUGUGCUGUAAGUCCCUCUCCUCCUCCCCAUUUUUAGUAGUUUGACAGUUUACAAACUACAUACAGUGUAAUAGGUUCCGAUUUUUAAUAGUAUACCGUAUUCAUAGUAAUGACUGUGCAUCAAGCUUAGAUGACUUUUCCAUAUAACUUGCCUUCAAAUUUGUUAAUGGGCAACUGGUUCAAAGGUAGGUCUGCUACUUUUUCAUGUGCGUUCUUGGUGGAUUCACCAUAGCCUUACAUCUUAUCUCAAAAGGUAACUUUACUUAAUAUAGAAGAAUUGGCAUUUGCAUGUUCAAGAGUCAGAACCUGUACAGUAAGUAGAUAAAGUAUACAUACCUUGAAUUGGGUUUUAAUUAAUUGUGUUGAAGGAGUAUGGGAUGCCAAAAAUAAGUGUGACCGUUUGAAACAUUUUUGUUUGCCGCUUUCCCUUUGAUAGUUGAAGAAAAGUAUUGUUGAUUCAUAUACAAUACUGCCUUUGAUAGGAACUCUCUAAGUGUGGAGGCACACUUCACAUAUCUACUACCUAAGGUCCCACCAUUGUUAAAGCAAAAAGUAUGAUCUUCACUUGAACUAAGCAAAUACAAUAGGUUAUAAAUUGUGUAUUGUAAAUAAAGUUCACUCUGUGAGUGCACAUUUUGGUAAAUUAUUUAUUUAUGUUAGCAUUUAAAGUUCAAAAUUGCAUUUGACCAGGAUAAAAUUAGGUUUGUGGACAUGGCUUUGCUUUAUACUUUGAUAUUAAAAGCUGGUGUUUCAUCCUGGUAUUUUAAAGCUGCUUUUUUUUUCAAUGUAAGCUAUCCUCCUGCAUGACAGAGGUCGAAAAUUGUCUGCACUUGAGUUCACUUGGGUUUACAUUUGAAAUGCGCAUGUUUUAUUUAUAAAAAUUUCAAUAAAGCUAUUCAACGCCUUA